GUCACUCCGGUCAGUAGGGCCAAGCAGCCGGUGCGGGGCAGCGGGAGAUUGCGGGUUGUGAGCGCUGGUGCCUUUCUCCGCCUCGGGGCCUGGAUGUUCGCCAAAAACUAUGGUUCAUCUACAGGCUAUGGAGGAAAUAGGACUUAUUCCUGUUCUUCUUCUGGUGAUGUUGAUUCUGCUCUUGGGUUUGAAGACUUUCUGUAUACAGAUGACACUUCAGGGACAGAUGAGGAUUUAGAUUUGUUUGUCCUGUUUGGAAAUCUGCGAGGAAAUGUAGUUGGAUUACGCUACUACACAGGAGUUGUUAACAAUAAUGAAAUGGUUGCACUUCAGAGGGAGCCUAAUAACCCUUAUGAUAAAAAUGCAGUAAAAGUAAAUAAUGUGAAUGGAGACCAGGUAGGACACAUUAAAAAAGAACUGGCAGCACCCUUGGCAUACAUCAUUGACAAUAAACUAGCAAGAGUAGAAGGGAUUGUCCCUUAUGGAGCAAAAAAUACCUUUACUAUGCCCGUACAAAUGAGUUUUUGGGGAAAAGAAGAAAAUAAGCAAGCUGUUCUAGAUCGACUGAAAAUGCAUGGCUUUAAAAUGGCUCCUCCUCUAAAAAGUUCAGAACUUGGCUUUGGAUCAAACUUGUUUUCUGGAAGAGCUGGCCCAAGCUAUAGUGCUCCAGGUCAUACUGCUGUGCAGAUGACAACGGAACAGCUUAAAAGCGAGUUUGAUAAGCUAUUUGAAGAUUUGAAAGAAGAUGAUAAAACGCGUGAAAUCCAAGGACCAGAGGUUAUUGGAACACAGUUACUUCCACAUCAGAAACAAGCUUUAGCUUGGAUGGUUUUGCGUGAGAACAAUAAGGAGCUGCCACCAUUUUGGGAAGAAAGAAACAACUUCUUUUAUAAUACACUUACAAAUUUUGCUGAAAAGGAAAGACCAGAAAAUGUUCUUGGAGGAAUACUGGCUGAUGAUAUGGGUUUGGGCAAAACUCUCACAACCAUUGCCCUGAUUCUCGCCAACUUUCACAAUGGCAAACCUCUUCCUGUUGAAAAGAUCAAACGUGAUCAAUUGUAUAAGGAAUUUGGUGCAACUAGCGUGAAAAAUGAAGGGGACCUACCUUUCAAAGAUCUCAACUGUAACUUGGAGUCCAGUACUUCUAGUGGAAAGAAUGAAACUGUUCAGUCACAACUGUCCAGUUCUUAUCCAAAAAGAACAAAAGCCAAGAAACCCAAGUAUUCAGAAAGCAGUGAUUCGGAAGAAUCAGAAGAGUGGCUACCACAAGAAACAAGAAUCAACACUAAAAAGGAUCUCCCUACAACCAGGAAAAGAAGUAAAGCUUCUUGUAAUUUUCAAGAAGAUACAGGCUUUGCAUCUGCCCUUGCAGCUCCAUCUCCUACAUUAAAAAAGAAAGCAAAGAAAAAAGGUACUUCUAGCAUUCAGUUGGCUAAGAAAGAUGAUUCUGAAGAAGGACAAAGAACAACACUAAUCAUAUGUCCGCUGUCUGUUUUAAGCAACUGGAUCGACCAGCUUGAACAACAUAUCAGCCCUGAUGUUCACUUAAACGUUUAUGUUUAUUAUGGACCUGACCGUAGCAAAGACCCAGCACUUCUUUCAAGACAAGACAUUGUACUGACAACCUACAACAUUUUAGCCAGUGAUUAUGGAAGCAGAGGUGAUAGUCCGUUACACAAACUCAAAUGGCUCAGAGUGGUAUUGGAUGAGGGGCACACUAUACGAAAUCCAAAUGCUCUACAAACUAAAGCUGCAUUAAAUCUGGAGGCACAGAGAAGAUGGAUACUGACAGGCACUCCUAUCCAGAAUUCCUUAAAGGAUUUGUGGUCACUUCUCUCCUUUCUAAAACUGAAACCAUUUGCUGAUCGAGAGUGGUGGCAUAGAACAAUUCAGCGCCCUGUUAUGAUGGGAGAUCAAGGGGGGCUUAGGCGUUUACAGUCCCUAAUUAAAAAUAUUACUCUUAGAAGAACUAAAAUGAGCAAAAUUAAAGGGAAGCCAGUUUUGGAGUUGCCAGAACGUAAAGUAUUUAUUCAGCAUGUUACACUUACAGAGGAAGAGAGACAAAUCUAUCAGGCUGUGAAGAAUGAGGGCAAACUUGCUAUUAGCAGAUAUUUCAGUGAAGGAACUGUUCUGGCACAUUAUGCAGAUGUCCUUGGUGUCUUAUUGAGACUGAGACAGCUGUGUUGUCAUCCUCACCUUUGUACAAACGCAUCUUCUUUCAGUGGUACAGGUGUAAAUAAUACUCCUGAAGAAUUGCGUGAGAAACUAGUAAAUAAAAUGAAGCUGGUUCUGAGCUCUGGAUCAGAUGAAGAAUGUGCAGUUUGCUUGGAUUCUCUCACCUUUCCUGUGAUAACACAUUGUGCACAUGUGUUUUGUAAACCGUGUAUAUGUGAAGUCAUCCAAAGUGAACAGGUUUGUGGAUUUACCUCCUGGAUCCAUCGCUGCAGCACUUUCCCUACAGGACUCUUCUGUCCCUGUCAGGCAUGAUGGCACUGUCCUGGAAAUGAGAUUAAAUUUAAAUUGUUGUUCCACGUAUGAGGCAGCAUUUAAAUACUCUUCUGAGGGCGUAUUAGGCCUUGCUGGUUUGCAGCCAGCCAGCACUUGCAUUGCCAGGGUACAAGGCUCAGAGCUCAGUCAUGCUGGGAGAUCAGGUUCCUCUACCCGAGCACUGAAGAGUCAGUUCCAAUACAGAAAAGCUGAUCAGGAGUUUUUUGACUAUUUUGAUAAGUCUGCGGAGAAGGCCUUUACAGGAGAUAAGUUCCACAAAAGGCAGGGCUAGAAUUGGUGUGGGAAACCCUGAAAUUCAAGAUCUCUCUAGAGAGACCUCUUCCCCAGGAAGGAAGUGGGACUCAUACCAAGCAUCUCUUCUACUGUGCAUUGGAAAAUUCUGAUUGUUCUUAUGGGUACAUGAUGUUGCAAAGAACUGGAACUUCUUGAUCUUGGAGAUUUGAGGUCCAAAAACAGGCAAAAGCAAGCUUCAUCUUCAAAGAGGCAACAAUUUGUAAAUGAACAAGUGGGUUGCAAAGGAACUACUUCUUUGUGCCUCCUUCCUAAACACUGGGAACAUUUACUGACCUUACCACUUGUGCAGUAUGAUUAUACUGCUAAUUAAGGCUGAUUUUUAAGGCUGUGCUCAAAGCUAUGCUGAACAGCCGUCUACACUGAAAACCUCUGUGCCUUACUUCUGGCAGCAGCUUAUCCCUACCACAAUACGUGGUUGUACCUCUCUGUCUCUCAUCCUGCAGUUUGUGGUUGGAACUUUGUUAGGGCAAUGCAUACCACCAACACAAAGUUGACCAGCAACAAUUCCACAAAUUUCUGUAGCUGGUAUCUAGCCCUCUUACACCGAUUUGGGGUCUGUACAGUCUAAUUAGAACAUAGUAUGAUAGAUAAGCAGAUCUAUACAAAUUCCUAGGAGGGCUUUAUUUGAAGACCACAAAGCACAAGAUGCUUGGGAUCGACCAUAUAUAUCAGCAUAGAUAUACCCUCACAUUGGUCACUAGCAGGCUUGCUGCUCCUCCCCCAUCUUGCAGCAUGCCUGGGUCCACAGAGAAGUCAGUUACAGUUGUGAAACCCUGUCUCUAGUUGCAGUGCAAUGGUAAUUGUGCCUGAUUGGCUUUCAUCCAAGGACUCCUGUUUUUGCUCUCUGCCCUCUGAAAUUCAUUGAAGUCCUGAACAAACUGUAAUACCUCUAAAGCAGUGAUUCCCAAAGAGUGUGCUGUGGCACACUAAGGUGCGAGAGUGCUGGAAGUGUGCUGUGAAAUCCCUCUGUGGAGAGGAAAAUGCCAUCCCCCCUCAUCUGGCACCCUGCAUCUGCCACAGCUACUCCAACAGUGCCUAAAGCUGUUUCUGUGUGGACUGCUGCUGCUGUUGUUCCUCCCUCCUGCCUGAGGCAGCCUCUGGGCUGUCCAUCCAUCCCCCCCCCCCCAGCAGUUCACUUGGCUGCGAAUGGGCGGAGGGACUGAUGCACAGGUGGAGCUGUGUUUUACAGUCUGGCUUGUGUCCUCCACUCCUCCCAUGCUCCUGGAACCAACAGGAGGGAUUGUGGGGACGGUCACCAGCAUGAGAGACCCUGCAGGAGCAAUCCUGGCUGUGGGGGCUACGCUUGCUCCCUGAGGUACAGACCAGGGAUCGGGAAAGGGGAGAGGGGUGGUGUUCUGUCCCCACUUUCCCUGGUUGGCACUAGCUAGAUCGGGGGGCGGAAAUACGGCCCGCAGGCCGGAUCUGGCCCAUUAGGCCAUUCUAUCCGGCCUGUGGGGCCCCUAAAAAUUGUAGAAAAUUAAUAUUUCUCUGCCCUUGGUUCCUGUAAAGAAUGACAGGAACCAAGGGCAAGGACCCAGGGGAAGCCUGACGGGCUCCAACAACAGCAGGGCCUGCCUGGCCCCGCCCCCCCAGCUGGAAGCCCCAGCCAGGGCUUCUGUCCUGGGAGCAUGUGGCUGCCCAGUGCUGGAACUGCAGGUAAGUGGGGGGGCCCGGGCAGGGAAGGAGCACGGGGGGGGCCUUCCCUGCCCUGUGGUCCGUGCCCUGUGUUGCAGAUGCUCGCAGCCCAUGUGGGGCUGCACGUGCCUGCUCCAGACAGCCCUGUGUGGGCUGUGAGCAGCUGCAGCAGGGAGUGCCGGCCAUGGGGCCGGGAAGGGGCCACUUUUCCCUCCGUGCUCAGCUUUUCCCUGGGCUCCUUCCCUGCACGGAGAAAAGCGGGCCCUCGCCCACCCCAUGGCCAGUGUUCCCUGCUGCAGGCGCUCGCAGCCUGCACUGACUGUCUGGAGCAGGCACAGGCAACCCCAGGCGGACUGUGAACGGCUGCAGUGUGGGGCACCGGGCAUGGGGCAGGCGAGGGACUGCUUUUCCCCAACCCCUGUGCUCAGCACCACCUUGUAACCCGACCCCACUGCCAGGCUGCAGCGGGGCUGGGUUACAAGUUGGUGCCGAGUGUGGGGAAGAGCGGCUCCUGGGGCUGCCUGUGCCUGUUCCAGACAGCCCUGUGUGGGCUGCGAGCGCCUGCAGCAGGGAGCAUUAGUCAUGGGGUGGGCAAGGGGCCGCUUUUCCCUGCACUCAGCACCAGCUUCUUCUCUGAUGGCAAGCAGGGGGUUGGGGCUGUGUGCUGCCUGCUGCCUGUACCGCGGGGCUGGGGGGCACUGGGUGUGAGUGGGCAGGGAGCUAGUGGGAGCACGGGGCCUGCACCAGUGCCACUGGGGCCCAGAGCAGGGUGGCAAGAGUGCAGGGUCCCAUCUGGCAGGGGCUCUAUGGAGCUGGGUCAUCUCCCCCCCCCUCCCUGGUGGUGCAGCCCAGCCCAGCUCCAUGAACCCCUGCUAGCCUGCGCCCCGCUUUGGGACCCACCAGUGCUGGCCCUGGGACAUUGGUCCCAAGAUGGUGACCAGGGGGUGGGGCACCUGUCAAGGGGCAGGGCUACCCAUGCAGCCUUCGACAGCCUGCCAAAACUGGGUAAGCGGCCCUUUGCCCAAAAUAACUGCCUGCCCCUGAGCUAGAUCAAUGUUUCUCAGUUCUUUCAGCCUCAGGGCUCCUCUCCCAUAUCUCUUCUGAAUUCAAAUCCAUCUCUGAUUUUCAGCUGGGGUGCCAUGAAAUUCAAAAGGGAUUUUUGUUUGUUUGUUUUUUUGCAUUUUGUUUUUUUUAAUAACAGUACAUCUCGGCACUGGUACGAUUGUCUUUGGCAGGGGAAUGGAAUAUGUUAUGUGUUUUGGGAAAAAAAGGAAAAAAACCCAAAACACGCCUUUUCAGGUAUGAGAGUGAAGUGUGCCAGCAAUUUUAAUCCAGAAGAAAGCGUGUCCUGGGUAUUGAAAUUUUGGAAAAUGCUGCCCUACAGCAUGCAGCCCUUUAAGCAUCCUCUACAUGUUACAUGUAUUACAUAAUUACCUUAGGACCAGCUGCACAUGCAAAGUAGUUAUCACAUGAUAAAAAGCUCCAACCAGCUGUAAAGUUAGACCUAAAAAAAGUGCAAUAACUAUAUAGCAGGUUGCUACUGAGCUUUAAUUUGCAUACUACAGCAGGGUUUCUCCUGUGAUGGAGCCCUGUCAACUGACAGGGGUAUGCCUUGCCUAGCAUGAAAUUUCCAAACCUUGGUAAUUGCAGCUGCUAUGAUCCCCAGGGUUAGGUUUGAGGAGUGAAAACCUGACCUCACACAGGGCUCUCGGCCCCAGCUGCGCCUCAUGUAGACGGGACCAAAAGCCCCUCAAUUGACAGGGCUUUCCGUUCAGGGUAUGCAUUGCGCCUAGCUGUGGCCAAGGGCCUCACGACUGAUGGAGCUCCCAGUCUGGGUUGUUCCUCACUGGGCUCCCAGCCAUCGGAGCCUGCUUCUUGCCAGUGCAGGGGGAGCUCAGAAUAGGGCUCCCCCUGGACUGGCAAUAUGGCACGAUUGAAUCUGAUGUGUAGCAUGGCCAGAGGUGCAAUUGUGUCGAUCCCACAUAAGAUCCAGUUGUGCCUUUGCCUGCACAUUUAGAUGGGAGGCCUUAGUAUAGUAUUGCUCAACACAAGUUCCAAAUGCACUCGUAUUAAACGAGGGUUCAGUCUAGUCUGUCACCAGUGGUCAGCACUAAUCGUCUUAAACCAUUUCACUAUGAAGCUUUCUUUUCUAGGUUGGUAUCUGUGAAACUAUUAUUUUGUUGUUGUUGUUGUUCCUUUACAUUAGGUGGAGGUAUAUGGGAUGAUAAAUAAGGCAGUGAAAGUUUUUUUGUGUUUUCUGUUUUUUGUAAUUGCCUUUGAAAUAAUCCUUCACACUUUUCUCUUAGCUACUGAUUAACAGACAUGCCAAACUCUCUUGAUUACAUGGACACACUUUUGUUUCUUACCACAGUAGUCAAGAUGCAUUUGAAUAGGGAAGUAUUUUUCUACACUUGUGAAGUCUUCUGUUAGAGGUUCUUUUGUAAAAAGGCCCCUCUUUUUUGAGAUGUGGUAAACUACAGGUCUAUCUACCUUGAAGUCAUAGCUGUUACUGCAGUAAAAGGUGGACACACUUGAGCUGCCUUUAACUUAGUUACGAGCUCGGCAUGAUGUGUUAGGCAACACAUUUUUAUCCAUCUUCUCAGGCAGGUUCUGUAGUGUAGACCAUUCUGAACUUCCAUGCUGCCUUGGCUAGACUGCUUCUGAUACUCAAGCUAUCUGUGUUAGAGCUACUGCCCUGCAGACAAAUAAAAAAAAUAGGCAUACUCUAAAACUCUUGCCCUUUUUCAUUCACACAAUUUUACUACUUAGUGGAGCUAGCCUGUGUAACUUCAUCUAGCCUCAUUAAAUUAUUUAACAAGUUCUUCUCUUGGCCUUAAACAAGCUUCUAUUUUAAUGUGAACAAUCAUUGGCACCAAAGUCUGUGUGUAACUAUUUGUACCUAGUAAAAAUUGUAGGCACUGUCUGAAAAUCUAAACAUAAGGCAGAUUUUGGUGGAGCUCUGCCUGUUUUGAAAUGAAAUGUAAAUAAUGAAUUGUAAAGAGAAAAUAGUCCCAGAUAGAAACAAGAACCAUCUUGGGAUUUUUAAAAAUAAAUACUUUAUUUUUCUGCUAUUGACCUUA